UCUUAGAAAGUUUGAAUUACUCUGCUCUCAGUCAAUCCAGUGCAUCGAACCCGUCGCGAAGAAGUCAUAUUCAAAAUUCGUCGUAAUGGAAAGAACCCGGAUUGGUGCUCCGUGAUCACGCUGAAUCAGUAUUCCUAUCGAACGGUGAUUCCACAGUUCGUCAAGGACGUAGUCCAAAGGCCGAGACGGGCAGCAGACAGUAAUAGCAGUGCCUUUGCAGGAUUUGUUGUACCCCGUUCAAAGACACUUAUCUUCAUAGUUGCUGACUAUUACGGUAGUUUAUACAGUUCCUCCAGGGUAUGCUUAAUACAGUCGCGUCCGAAGACAGCCACGCUGUGAUUCCCUCUUACCUCUUGAGCAAUGAAAACGAUGCAGCUCCAUAUACUCGUUGGCAUCCAGAGAUCUUCCAUUAUAUUCGUGCCAUUUACUGGACGAAUUGCUGCCGAGGGAGUUUAGGUUUGUCUCCCAUUGGAGGCAGAGACGUAUUCACAGAGGAGCACGCGCGCCUUAUCGUGCUCGGGAACUUCAAGGAAUAUUGGGUAACACAGUUUGACAAUGCACGAGGCACAUUUGGGAAGCAAUUCCCGUUCUUUCUGAUCGUCGAUGAAGUCAAUGGCCACAACAUUGUUGGGCAAUACAAGUAUCGGCCCAAACCUAAUGUUGCCCUCUUUAAGGACGAUUUUCCACGCUUUCUGGCUGAGUUUGACUCAUUAACCAAUCAGGACAACAAACACCGGCUGCUUGUCCAGAUGGCGUGUGCACUGUGCCUUGCACUUGCCUUCCGACGGGCCGAUGGCUGUCAUGAUGAGAAUUUCUUCCUCAUGGGAGCAUUUUUUACCAAAGAGUGGCACAUAUAUCGCUACUUCUUCUACAGUAAUGAAGGCAAGGUUUGCUAUCUCGAAAGAGAUUUCAACAUGGCCCAUGCCGACGACUUAAUGACCUUCCUGCACGAGUUUUACAACUACGUAUUCUAUAUCAAUGUCGCGGACACUCUUGGUGACAAGGACGAGACAGAACAAAAGGCCAAGGGAGCCAGAUACGGAUCAAGACGAUACAAACGGGAGUACAGGUCAAGACUCCAGCAAGCACAGAAGCACUGCAAUGAUUGCCGCACUCCAGAAUUCAGGAUUCGAAGUGCGGGAUGUAGAAUAUUCUGAGGAAUAUGAGCCGUUUACCAAGUUGCCGGCUCACGUAGUGGAGGCGACAGUCCCAACGGGGAUCGUGUUGUUGCAAAACUCGUCCAUAAACUCUCCUCUGAGCUCUCUCUCCUUCAGGAGCUAUCGACGCAAACGUCUUUAUAUAACCACGCCAUACCACUGCUGGAUACAGUCCUGUCGAGUUUGGGACCAUUGGCAAUUAUGCCUCAUGCGGCUCCUCUGUUGGAAUUUA